AUUGAAUCAAAUACAGUAAGAAAAGAUGAAUUUCCCAGAACCUCCGAGAAUAUUUCCACCGCUGACCAACUACAAGGCACGAAGACUGAAGGUAUAGAUGCCAAAAGUACAGAGCAGGAGCUGGACAUUGCCAGUGACAACUUUAAUCCAUUGCGUUGUUUGUAUGCCUCCGAGUAUCGAGUGACAGAGAAACAUCCAAAAGUUAUUUAUCAAAACAUGGCUGCUUUUGAAACGGCCUUAAAAAAUGUAGGAAUAUGGGAUGUUGGCAAAAAAGCUAAAUCACAAAAGGAUCAGCAGCUAGCGGGGCCAAGUAAUUCCAACAAAAAAGCUACUCUGAUAGAAGAGGCAAAGACCCAGCGCAGAUUCCAAGAACAUCAAUUAGCCGUAAGGACUCAACCGAAAAUAAAAAGUAAGCAUACACGAAAUCUAUUGGGACAGAUGGCUGAUGCCACAGGACCUCUAAAAGCUUUAAAUGCUUAUGUUGUUACCGGCAGCCGAGUACAUGUGGUGGUAAGAAAAGAAAAAGGCAUAAAAGGUUACAUUGAGGGAACUUUACUAAUGUUUGAUCGGCAUUGGAAUCUGCUGUUAGCCAAUGUGUUGGAGUGUUAUUCCCACCGUAAACAUAAAUAUGCCCAAGAUAACAUAGUUUUGCCCAAAGAAACUUAUGAUUGUACUUCUAGCCUAAGGCAGUUGGGCAUUCAAAUGCCAAAACAAACAAUAAAAAGCCUUAACCGCAAGACGAUACAGAUUCAACGCCAAUUGCCCCAAAUUUUUCUUAGAGGCGAACAAGUUGUUCUCGUAUAUCCUGCAAGGGAGUAAUAAACUUAUUUAUAUCCCAUGGCUGCCGGUUGCACGUGUCAGUGGAAUCCUUUAUCGGCAAGGACUGCCGCCUCAAUGCACAACAUACUGAUACAGCAACAACAAAGUUGGAUCUACAUUCAACCACAUACCUCAAAUGUUUCGUAGAUUCGAGUAUUUUUUUUUUUGUAAUAAAAAAUAAAG